CACACACCCACCCACUCCCUGGGCGCCCCCGGGGCGGUUCCCUUCUGGAAACCUACUUGCUUUAUCUCCCAAUGAGAUGAGAUGAAACUCUUCGUCACCUCUAAUGGUGAGACUCCUCCUCCCUCCCUCUCUCCCGAGUCACCCUUCAUCCUUCUCUCUCCUCUCCCUCGCUUCUCCUCUCUCCCACCUCUUCCUUUCCUUCCUCCCCCACUCCCAGGAAUCUCUGCAGCAACGACCGAGACGAGGGGGAGGAGAAGACGACGAGGAAGAAGAGUGGGUCGUCUCCAAAGCCCAGCAUAUCCUCUCCCAGACCAAGUGGGCCAAUAGUCCCGAUCUCAUCCACCUCGCCGAAGCCCUCCUCCCCCGCCACGUACCUGAGAUCCUGCGAACCCACCUCGACCCCUGCCGCGCCGUCUCCUUCCUCCGCUGGCUCUCUCAGCGGCAUUUCUACAAACCCUGUCCGGACGACUACUUCGCGCUGAUCGAUCGGCUCCUCGCCGCGAGGAUGCUCACGCCCGCCAAUCGCGCCUGCAGCCAGAUGGUCAGAUCUUUCGAGACUAUGGAUGAUAUGAUCCGCGUCAUCGAUUUCUUGAAUGGCUCGAGGAGCGACGGAUUGGUGCUCGAUCUUUAUUGCUAUAACGGCAUCUUGAUCCAGCUGGGGAAGCUUCAGAUGGUCGGGGUUGCGAUGAAUGUUUACCGCCAGAUGUUGGGCCGUGGCAUGGAGCCGAAUCUCUUGACUUACAAUACUAUGAUCAAUAUUUUGUGUAGGGAUGGCAAGGUCAAGGAGGCUGGAUGCAUCUUGAGUAGGAUUUUGCAGCUCGAGAUGAAGCCCGAUACUUUUACUUACACCUCGCUGAUACUUGGGCAUUGUAGGAAUUGUGAUCUCAAUUCAGCAUUUUGGAUCUUUGAAUGGAUGGUUAAGGAGGGAUGCAACCCGAAUUCUGUGACAUACUCGACGCUGAUCAAUGGACUAUGUGAUGAUGGUAAGGUGGAUGAAGCAUUAGGGCUAAUGAAUGUGAUGGUGCAGAAGGGCGUGCAGCCAACUGUAUACACAUACACUGUCCCAAUUUCAGUCCUUUGCAACUCUGGGCAGGUAAGCAAGGCCUGCAGGUUGGUGAUUGAUAUGAGGAGUAGGAGAUGCAUGCCUAAUGUGCAAACUUACACAGCCCUUAUCAGUGGGUUCUGCAAAUCUGAUGGACUUCACUUGGCAAUUGGGUUGUUUCAUAAGAUGCUGAGGGAAGGAAUGACUCCGAAUACGAUCACAUAUAAUGCUUUGAUCGAUGGGUUGUGUGAGAAGAGGAGAAUUCAAUCUGCCACAAAGGUUUUUGAAGCAAUGGAGGGGCGAGGUUGCAUGCCGAAUUUGCAGACCUACAAUGAGAUGAUGAAGGGAUUCUGCCUGGUUGGUGCUGUUGAAAAGGCAAUGGUUCUCUUUCACAGAUUGCUCAUAUCAGGUCCUCCACCAAACCAGAUUACUUAUAACACUAUCAUAUAUGGAUACUGUAAGAUUGGCAACCAUAAUAAUGCCAUUCGGAUGGUUUAUCUGAUGAAAGAAAAUGGACACAAGCCUGAUGAGUGGACUUAUACUGAACUUAUUUGUGGAUUUUGCAAAGGAGGUGAGCUGGAUUUAGCUUGCAAGGCACUUGAAGUAAUGGCUGAACAAGGUUUAAGGUUGAAUGUAGUCACUUACACUACCUUAAUUGAUGGGUAUAGCAAGGAAGGGAAGCUAGAUAUUGCUUUGUCCUUAUUGAAUAAUAUGGAGGAAAAUGGCUGCAAGCCAAAUUUGCAGACUUUUAAUGCUAUUAUUAGUGGUUUUGCAAAGCAAAAUCAGUUAGCAGAAGCAGAAAAACUAUGUAGUGAGAUGGUUCAACGAGGUUUGUUGCCUAAUGUUGUAACUUAUACAUCUCUGAUCAAUGGGUUGUCCAAGAAUGGUGCCACAUCUGUUGCAAUAAGAGUCAUGGAUGAAAUGGUUGAGCAAGGCUGUUCACCAAAUCUUCAUACUUAUAGUGCUCUCAUCCAUGGCUUAUGUCAGGAGGGCAAGGCUCAGGAUGCUGAGAAGAUGUUUUUGGAAAUGGAAGACAGAGGAUUAGUUCCAGAUGAGGUUACAUAUACUUCGAUGAUGGAUGGUUGGAUUAUGGUAGGUAGGGUCGAUGAUGCCUUUUCACUAUUGAAGCGGAUGGUCACUACCGGAAAUAAACCUAACUAUUGGACGUACAGUGUUUUGAUGAAAGGAUUAUGGAAGGAGAAACAACUGACAGCAAAGAAACUUGCAGCUGUGCCAAAUGCAGUCUCCACAUGUAGCAUAGAUGAAAAAGCUACCAGUGUAGAUAUUUUUUCUAGUCUAUUAAUGAGAUUACCCGAGUAUGGAUAUGAACUGAAUAUUGAUGAGUAUAGAACCUUGGUAUGUGGCUUAUGUGGAGAAGGUAGGUGGUCUGAGGCAGAUCAGGUUGUCAAAAGUAUGGCUGUGCAAGGCCUGCCUCUAGAUGAAGAGAUCUAUAAUUCCUUGCUACAAGUUUAUGCAAAUAAUCUGAAAAUUGAACAUGCUUUGGAAUUACUGAAUGCAAUGACUUCCAUUGGAUUCGAGCCAUGUCUAAUGGGUUAUAAGUCACUAAUAUGUGCCUUAUGCGAAGUUGAUAGGGUGCAAGAAGCUCAGAAUCUUUUCCAUUGUAUGCUUCUGCAGCACUGGAGCCCUGAUGAAGUUGUUUGGACAAUACUAAUUGAUGGACUUAUAAAGGGAGGCAAACCAACUCUAUGCACAGAGUUUCUCCAGAUAAUGGAAGCUAAGGGUUGCAAGCCCACUUUACAUACUCAUGCUAUUCUGGCCAGAGAAUUGUCUGCAAAAGACAAAUCAUCAAAAACUUCAAUAGUUGAGAUACUGGAGACCUGAGACUAAUUUCUUGUUCAGCUGUUGAAUAUUGAGGCAUUGUUCAGGUGAGCUGCUGAAUUGAUGGUCAGCCAAGUGAAGUGAGUUUCAGAUUCAGACAAAUUAAUUCUGCAGUAAUCAUUCUAUCAUUUCUCAUGAGAAUCAACUUUUCAGCUGAAUACAUAUUUGUCAUUAGUGGGAUCGAACAAAAGGAUUUUUCCCUCAGAGAAUGAGUGAAGUAUGCCAAUGGGAGGCUCUAGCAAAUGCAGAAACAGCUCGGAAGUUCUUAACCAGAAAUCCAAACAAUUUUAAGGACCAUCCAAAGGACUAUUUCAGAGAACAAGCAAAAUAAGGAUGGGGAUUGGAAGAUUAUAGCAGUACUCCGAACAAGAAAAAGAAGCAUGACAAAGAACGGCUUGCAUCAACUGCUAUGAAACUGGCUAUUCCUAAUGACUCCAAGGCAAGGUAUAAAAACUUAGCAGACAUAAGAGCUUGAAACUGCUCCCAUGUUAAUAACAACUCAUGAGGUAUUAGAGGCAACUUACCAAUAUAUUGGAAACAAGAGAUAAAACUCAAAAUAUUCCAGGUUCUUUCUUUUUGAACUCUCUUUUUCUCACAUGCAUUAAAUUUGUUGUUAAUUCUUUUGAUCAGAUGUAUCUAGCUUAAUUUCUGAUCCAACAGAAUUUUUGCUUAGACUGGGCUCACUGGUGUUGGUGCUCCCAUGAUGAUGCAAGCACCUGUAGAAUAAAAUAAAACAAAUAUGUUUAAUUUUUUUCCUCUGUAACCAAACAAAUGUUUGAUCAGAUUUUAGAAUUGGAAGAAGACGUGGAAGCUGGAGAAGAGUCCAUCUUCCAAGCCUCUCAAAAGAAAA